AUGGACUCCGACGACGAGAGGACCGACCUCACCCACGGCACAGGACUGCCGCAGCCAUGGGAGCUGCUCGUGCGGCCCGCGGGGGCCGAGGAGCCGCAGGACGCGUCCUUCACGCUCGAAGAUGAGCAGCUCACGGAGCAGAUCGAGGCCCUGAUGCCGAACAUCCUCAUCCUGGACUCGUCCACGUCGUCGAUGCCCAUCGUGUUCGCGUCCAAGGGCGUCGAGCAGCUAACGGGGUACACGUCGCUGGACCUGGUGGGCGAGCAGCUCUCGGUGCUGCGCGGCGCGAAGACGGAGCAGGCGGUCGCGAAGGAGCUCGACGACGGCAUCGCGGCGCAGGAGGUGGUGGCCGUGGACAUCACGCUCCACAAGAAGAACAAGCAGCAGUUCCGGUGCCUGACGGUGGCCGUGCCGGCGCUGCAGAGCGACGGCUCGCCGCUGCGGCUCAUGGUCGUGCUGCAGGACGUGUCGGACAAGCGGCGCAACGAGACGGGCAUCGAGCGCGUCCGCGAGAUGUGCACCACGCUCAUGAAGAGCUUCAUGCUGGUCGACGCCGCCAGCCACGCGUGCCCCAUCCAGAACGUGUCGGGCGGGUUCUCCGAGAUGACGCAGUUCUCGAACAGCGACGUGCUCGGGCUGUCGUGCCUGUGCCCCGGCGGCCCGACCACGGACAAGGGCGCGAUGGAGCAGCUGGUGACCAGCAUGCGCAAGGGGCGGCCCACCAGCACGACGAUGCUCUGCCACCGGCGCAACGGCGAGCCCUUCUGGGCGCUGGUGUUCUCCUUCCCGCACCAGCCGGCGUCGCGCGAGAAGCAGCUCAUGGCGCCGCUGGGGGGGUCGCAGAAGAUGCAGCUGGUGCUCAUGGUGGAGGUGACGCAGACGAAGCAGCGCAAGGUGGGCAAGUACGUCCUCGGGCAGGUGCUCGGCAAGGGCGCGUUCGGCGUGGUCUGCGUCGGCCGCGACACGCAGACGUCGGACCUGGUGGCGAUCAAGAUGAUCAACGGCUCGAACUUCAAGAGCAUCCAGGAGAUCGAGAACGUGCAGGACGAGAUGCGCGUGCUGUCGAGCUUGAAGCACGAGAACAUCGUGCAGCUGCUGGACGUGCAGUACGUGGGCAACUGCAUCUACUUCAUCAUGGAGUAUGCGUCGGGCGGCGCGCUGCACUCCUACAUGUGGGCCAAGGAGGACCACAAGUGCACCGAGGAGGAGGCGCGCACGAUGAUCCGGCAGAUGGUCGCCGCGCUGGACUACUGCCACCGCCGCCGCAUCAUCCACCGCGACCUCAAGCCCGAGAACAUCCUGCUGGACGCCGACUGCAACGUCAAGGUGGCCGACUUCGGGCUCGCGGCCAUCACGUCGCCCUUCUCGCAGAACCUCGGGCAGUCGGUGGGCACGCCGGAGUUCGCGGCGCCGGAGAUCGUCAACGGGAAGGAGUACGACGGCCCGACGGUGGACAUUUGGUCGCUGGGCGUGAUCCUGUACGAGAUGACGGUGGGGUCGCUGCCGUUCAAGGGCGGCAACAUGCGCGAGCUGUUCAAGAAGAUCUCCAAGGGCGAGUACGACCCGAUGCCGUCGAAGCUGUCGAAGGAGCUGAAGGACCUGGUGGCCAAGAUGCUGACGGUCGACUCGGCGAAGCGGGCGACGCUGCGGGAGAUCAAGAAGCACCCGUGGGUGUGGCAGGCGGGCGAUGAGGAGGAGGAGAUCGCGCGGGGCAUGGACGGCGUGGGCGUGGACGACGGCGGGCGGCAGGUGGGGCGCAGCUCCUCGCGCGUGUUCAGCGACGCGGUGCACUCGUCGCUCAACCUGGUGAUCCCGACGGCGGAGGGGCCGACGCGGAAGCCGCGGCGAGACGACGACGACCUCGAGCGCGACGCGGACGGCAAGGGGCGGGCGGGCGCGGGCGCCGGGAAGGCGGGGGGCGCGCCGGGCGCCGACAGCAAGAAGAAGGGGCUGGUGGCGGGGCGGGGCGCCGAGCAGGCGGGCAUCACGAGCGGGCCGGCGUCGACGAAGAAGACGGGGGUGCGGCCGUCGUCGGACGCCAAGACCCCCCCCAAGAAGACGGGGCUGUUGAACAAGUACGGGGCGGGGGAGUCCGGCGGGGGGGGGUCGACGAGCGCGAAGAAACCCGCGGCCAAGACGGCGCAACGGAAGCCGCUCGUGUAG